AUGUUGGGGGUAACUUGCGUGCCUGCUGCCUUCCUUGGAUGUGGUAACCGUUUCUCCAGCUCCUUCCGAUUUGUUGUCUCAAACAAUUUUGGUGAAGAUUUCCAAUCCGAUUGGGCGUCUAGGUUUGCCGCCGUAGCUAAAAAACUGAAUUUAGUUAUAGACGCAGACUGGUCAAAAGUUUGUGAAGGUCUUGUUCAUAAUCAAACUGCUCCAAGUGCUCCACCUGCUAAUUAUCUUGUAUACACAAACAGUCUUUUGUUUAUCCGAUCUGGUGGUGACAGCCGAUUAGCUGGUUUGAUGCUUGCUGGAGCAACCAUGGCGCCAUGGAUGGUGGGUCCUUGGAUCGUUGGCUAUGUUCCCACACUUGUUGUCGGAAGCUUGAUUUUUCAUCUCGUGUUGGAUCUGUUGAAGGAAGCACUGUAUGAUACAUGGGGCAGCGUGCACUAUCUCGAAUACAUAACAAUCUGCAUGAUCAUCUUUUUCAUGGCCAUAUGGGGGUUCGUCGAAGGUAUCCUCGUCGGUAUCGUCAUGGCGUGUAUCUUUUUCGUGGUGCAAAAUGCUCGACUUUGCGAUGCAAUCCGAUCCAUGCACACGGGCCAAGAACUACGAUCCACGGUCAGAAGACUUUAUCGUCAGCAAAAAUUCUUAAAACAUGUUGGCGGACAGAUUCAAGUCAUCAAGUUGCAAGGGUACAUGUUUUUUGGUACCAUCAAUCAAUUGGUUCAAGGUAUUGGUUUCAGUGCUGCUGAAGCGUUCGUUCGUAUACGGCGCCUGCUCAAGAACAGAGAAGUCUACAUGAUCCUCUGUAACAUUGCACGCGAUUCAGAUCAGGCCAAGGCACUGAUGAAGGCCGGUAUGUGGGCGGACGAGCUCGACGAUGGUGACCUGAAGUGUUUUGAGUAUCUCAACGAUGCAUUGGAAUGGUGCGAGAAUACAUUACUGCGUGCGUAUUUUGCGCGCGUGCCACAUCAUCGGAUCCCAGUACCAAUCAAGGACUCAAACACUGCUGAUAGCGAGGAGACACAUAUUGACAUGAUUUCUGAUGCUUCUCCACGCCACAAAAUGGUGACCAAAGCUAUCCAACAACUAAUUCCAGACACGGGCACACCCCAAAUGUACUCCAAUCUGUCACAGCCAACGCUAUUAAUGGUCCAGGCACUUAGCGAGCUGACUCAUGACGACAUACCUGUGGAGUUCUAUCAUAAGCUCGGUGGCUAUCUAAAGAAAGAGACUUGUCAGCGUGGCCAAUGUCUAUGGAAAGAUGGCGACCCUGCAGACUGCCUCAUUGUACUUGAGCAGGGAUCGUUACGAAGUUUGAUGCCUGUCGCCAAAAACGACUAUGUCGUUGUUGAAUCGAUUUUACCAGGCACUGUAGUGGGAGAGCUUGGACUCUUCACAUGUGGUCCUCAUCGUACGCGGUCACUUAUUGCAGAGCAAGAUUCAGUUAUUUGGAAACUGACACAGGAAGCCUUUGAACGUAUGAGAUCAGCAGAUCCGCAAUUUGCAACUAAGUUUAUCAUGCUCUCUCUUCACUUCUCAAGUGAUCGAAUGGAAACAAUGACACGAUACGCGUUUCAACUGAAUUGGACCAUAUAA